AUGGAGUCUACUCACGAGCCAGCCGAGCCCGUGGCCAAGGGCACCUUCGCCACGGCGAAGCAGUCCUUUGGCGACCUCUUCCGUUGGCGCCAGCGUCGCGAGGUGCUCAAUGCCGACGGCGAGGUGCACACCGAGUGGGCGGUGCCCGUCCCGCUCAAGAACCCUAUCAGCCUCAUGGCCCAGCUGUCGGCCAAGGACUGGGUCUUCUUCAUCGUCGGCUUCACCGCCUGGACCGCCGACGCCUUUGACUUCCACUCGCUGUCCAUCCAGCAGGUCAAGCUCGCCCACUUCUACGGCCGCACUAAGACCGACAUCUCGACCGCUAUCACGCUGACGCUGCUCCUGCGGUCGGUCGGCGCCGCCAUCUUUGGCUUCGCUGGUGACAAGUGGGGUCGCAAGUGGCCCAUGGUGGUCAACAUGGUCGUGCUGGGCCUUCUCCAGAUCGCGACGCUGUAUUGCCCGACCUACGGCGCCUUUUUGGGUGUUCGCGCCCUGUUCGGCCUGUUCAUGGGUGGAGUCUACGGUAACGCCAUCGCCAUGGCCCUCGAGAACAGCCCCGUCGACGCCCGUGGUCUCAUGUCCGGUAUCCUGCAGCAGGGCUACUCCUUCGGCUACGUCCUGGCCGCCUGUGCCAACCUCGGCGUCGGCGGCAGUGACGAGAGCUGGAAGAAGGUCUUCUGGGCCGGCGCUGGCCUGUCCAUCGGUGUCGGCAUCAUCCGCGCGUUCUUCCCCGAGUCGCAGCAGUUCAUCGAGGCCCGCAAGGCCGGAAAGCAGGGCAACAUCGCGUCGCGCUUCUGGGCUGAGACGUGGCAGAUGCUGCGCCAGGAGUGGCGUUUGUGCAUCUACUGCAUCAUCUUGAUGACCUGGUUCAACUUCUACAGCCACACCUCCCAAGACAACUACACCACCUUUAUGGUCACCCAGAAGCAGCUUAACAACUCCGGGGCCAGCCGUGCCAGCAUCAUCAUGAAGGCCGGUGCCUGCGUUGGUGGAACCAUCAUUGGCUACACCUCGCAGUGGUUCGGUCGUCGCCGAACCAUCGUCGUCGCCGCCAUUGUUAGCGCCUGUCUCAUCCCUGCCUGGAUCCUGCCGACGGAAGAGAGAUCGCUCAGCGCCACGGGCUUCUUCAUGCAGUUCUUCGUCCAGGGCGCCUGGGGUGUCAUUCCCAUCCACUUGAACGAGCUGUCUCCCCCGGCCUUCCGGUCAUCCUUCCCCGGUAUCACCUACCAGAUCGGCAACAUGAUCUCGUCCCCGUCGGCCCAGAUCGUCAACGCCAUUGCCGAGAGCCACCUCAUCCGUGCGCCGAACGGAAAGAUGGUCGAGGCCUAUGGUCCCACCAUGGGCAUCGCCACCGCCAUCAUUGCGACGGGUAUCGCCGUGUGGACUGCCCUGGGACCUGAGAAGCGAGGCAGACACUUCGAGAGGUCUAUGCCGGCCGGCAUGAACAUCGGCCACGAGCUCGAGGCCAAGCAGCUGGAUCUUGAGGCUGGUGACAUUGAGGCCAAGAGGGUGGAGAGCGCACAGCAUCUGGAGCAAGACAAGCGCACCGUGGAGUAA